CGAGCUGAUCUUUCGGACCCUAAUCUCAUCAGCUCUCCUCCUCCUCCUCCUGCGGGACGCCGCUUCAUCACAUAACUUUAUGAGUAGUCUUAGUCAGGAAGUGUCGGCGGCGCCUUUUGUGCAUGUGCGAUGAGCAUCUGAGCGCUCGGGAGGAGCGAUGGCGAGCCGCAGCUGCGCACGGACUCGGAUCUGCACUUUGUUGCUGCACUUUGUCCUCUUUGCGGUGUGCUGCUUGGCCGCCAGGAGGUCCGGCGCCAGGAGAGCCGAUCGUUUGAGUCCCCCGUUGGACAUCCAGUUGGAAAGCGUCAACUGCAGCGCCUUCAGCGUGCGAUGGAAGAUGCCGCGGCGACAUGUCAGCACCAUCACCGGAUACAAGAUAUUCUACACGGAGAUCAAAAAUGGCCGUCCCUUCGGUACGGCCUCUGUGAUGGAAGUCCCUCUCAGUUUGGACAUGCUGACUACGGGCCAAUUUGAUGGACAGGCAAGCUUUGAUGUGGACAUUGGUAACCUAAAGGUGAACACCAAGUACCGAGUGAGCGUGGGCGCCUCCGGCUGGGCUGGCGAAGGUCGCCCCAGUGUGCCCCGAGACGUCGGCACAGCCUCACAUGAUACGUGCAUGCCGCCCUCACCCCCGACCGAGCCCGUCGUCGUGGCGAUAUCCGACACGGAGUUGGCAUUGUCGUGGCAGCAAGGGGAGAGCGAGGGCAGCGCGCCUGUCCUCCACUUCCUGGUUGCUUACAUCAGGCCGGAAAUGGACACGGAGUGGACGUACAUCCGCGAGGCCAUCGAGAGCAACUCCAUGGUGCUGAAGGGCCUCAUACCCGAUACCGAGUACCAGUUCAUCAUCCGAGCCGUCAACGUGCAUGGCGCCAGCCCGCCCAGCCACGUCAACAGCCCGGUGCGCACCCUGGGAGCGUCAGACGUGGGCAGCGGCGAUUACGGCCGUUACUUCACGGAUACGCAGAUCAAGGACGACGGCGGUUUUGACACGGACGACUCCGACUAUGAUAUCUUCAUCGAGGAACUGAAGCCGUUUCCUAGCAUCGGUCAAGAUGGCGGCAAGUCGCAGCUUCGCUCUCGUUCUGGUCCGUCGGGUCCGAACACGGUUUACCGCAUGAACACCGUGGCGCCCCCCGACGCCACUGCACUCCCCCCGGCCUCUUCUUCCACCGCCACCACUACGUCAGCCGUUUUCCCAGACUUCUCAGAUCUGAUUUUCCCCACCAGCUCCGAGCGCGACUUUACAACCACCAAAACCGCCACCAGCACCGCUGCUCCCGCGCGCACCGUCGCCGGCACCAUGUCCCCGUGGAAGGGCGAGGUCCCUCGGGUGUACCACCUGACCUGCGACGACACCGUGUGCCCCCCCGACAGCUUCUGCCUCGGAGACUUGGAGAACGGAGGAUCGCGGUGCCACUGCGACCUCGGACGUGCCGGCGACACUUGUUCUCGAGAGGUGUCCGUUAAGUUUCCCAGGUUCUAUGCCUACUCGCACAUGACCUUUGAACCCCUGAAGAACUCCUACCAGACCUUUCAGAUCUCAAUGGAGUUCAAGGCGGACGCCGAGGAUGGCCUGCUGCUGUAUUGCGGUGAGAACGAACACGGCCGCGGAGAUUUCGCCUCUUUGGCCCUGCUGCAAGGAAAGCUACAUUACAGGUUUAACUGCGGGACAGGCGUCGCUCAGAUCGUCAGCGAGAGCCGCGUGGUCAUCGGUCAGUGGCACACGGUCACCGUCUUCAGGGACGGCAUGAGCGGCUGGCUGCGACUGGACAACGACACGCCCAUAUCUGGCCGAUCGCCGGGCCAGUACACCAAGAUCACGUUCCGCUCGCCGCUGUACAUCGGGGGCGCUCCGAGCGCCUACGGGCUGGCGAGGGCAACGGGCGCCGGCGGAGGCUUCGUGGGCUGCAUUCAAAGCUUGAGCCUCAACGGCAAGGCCACCGACGUCAGACCGUGGCCGCUGGGCCGAGCGCUGAGUGGCGCCGACGUAGGCGAGUGCAGCGACAGCGUGUGCGACGUGGUGGGCUGCGGUAACGGCGGCGUGUGCUUUGCCAACCGCGCCGACGGCUUCAUCUGCCUCUGCCCGCUCGGCUUCAGGGGCGCUCUGUGCCAAGACAGUUUCUCGCUGUCCUCGCCGCUCUUCAACGAGACGAUGUUGUCUUACGCCGUGGUGCCGUGGCCUCAGCCCUCCCAGAACUAUUUGUCCUUCAUGGAGUUCGAGAUGACCUUCCGGCCGUCGGCGCCCGACGGCACGCUGCUGUACAGCGACGACGACGGCAGCGGCGACUUUCUGGCCAUCAACCUGCUGGACGGAUACGUGGAGUUCAGAUUCGACUGUGGCUCGGGCGGGGCUGUUUUAAGGAGUGAAGAGCAGAUCGGAAUGGACGCUUGGCACGAGCUGAGGGUGUCCCGCACGGCCAAAAGCGGAAUCUUGCAAGUGGACAGCCAGAAGGCAGUUGAAGGCUUUGCCGAGGGAGCUUUCACGCAGAUCAAAUGCAGCUCAGCGCUUUACAUCGGUGGUGUACCACACUAUGACAAAACCAAGAGGACUGCGGGCGUCUCCAAGCCCUUCACGGGAACCAUACAAAAGCUGGUCCUGAACGAUCGCAGCAUCCCCAUCACGAGCGACUCGGCGGGCGGCGUCAAUGUGGCCAACUCGGAGCACCCUUGCGUGCAAAGCCCUUGCGCCAACGGCGGCACCUGCAGGCCUAAGUGGGACGCCUACGAGUGCGACUGCCCCCUCGGGUACGACGGCAGGCACUGCCAGAAAGAGUGUGGAAACUACUGCUUGAACACUGUGACAGAAGCCAUCGAGAUCCCGCAGUUCAUGGGUCGCAGUUACCUCACCUACGACAACAGAGACGUUCUCAAGAGGGUGUCAGGUUCGAGGAACAACCUGUUCAUGCGCUUCAAGAGCAGCGCCGGCGACGGCCUGUUGCUGUGGCGAGGAGACACGCCCAUGAGAGCCAACAGCGACUUCCUCUCGGUGGGCCUGCAGGACGGCGCGCUCAUCUUCAGUUACAACCUGGGCAGCGGUGUGGCAAACAUCGUGGUCAACGGAAGCUUCACUGAUGGGAAGUGGCACAGAGUCAAAGCUGUCAGGGACGGUCAGUCCGGGAAGCUGACCGUGGACGACUACGGGGCCAAAACGGGUCGUUCGCCAGGCAAGAUGAGACAACUCAACAUAAACGGACCGUUGUAUGUUGGGGGCAUGAAGGAGAUUGCCCUGCACACCAACCGGCAGUACGUAGGCGGUCUGCUUGGCUGCGUGUCGCACUUCACGCUGAUGACCGACUACCACGUGGCACUGGUGGAGGACGCCGCCGACGGCAAGAACAUCAACACGUGCUCCAACUAGGACUGCUCUGGCGACCAUUUUGGAACUUUUUCGGUCUCCAAAAAACUGAAACAAUUCUGGUUAGCGGCGGGGGGGAAAAAAGAGCAAAACGCUUACAGCUGAUUUGGGUCUUUGCAAAGAUUUGUUAAUUUUUUUUUCCCCCUGGGAUGAUUCCAAGCACAUCUCUAUUUUUUUCUACUGCAAAUCCUUAUUUGAUUGCUGGAAGGAGCGGCUGAUCCGCAGGAUCAAGCGUUAUGUGUUUGUUCGUUUUUCAGCGGCCUGACCUAGAGCAGCUAGCCAAGAUCAAGUUCUUUGUAGAGGAUUUUGUAGGGCCUUUAGGGACUUUCUCUCAGUUUUCAAGCGCUUCGUCUGUGUUCUUUUCGUGCUUGUGUAGACAAAGCGAUAGUCUGCCAAAGUGGAGUUGGUUUGGAGUUUUGGAGUUUGGAGUUCGUUUGUGUCUUUUUACCUUCUUUUAGUGUACGCGGUGCUGUUUUUACGCGGAGAAAUGCUCUCCGGUUCCUGUUCCUGCUGACUGACGCUUGUUGUUGCCAGAAAAAAAUGCAUAGGCCGCAAAACUUUGCCAUUUAUCAGUCACGGUGUCAGGGAAAAGAAGUAACGCAGCAUCGUAGAGUUCAGAGGUCACAAUCAUAAUUGCCGCAGAGGCCAAAUUAAAAAAUGGCCAAAAUAGAUCACUCUAAAUAUUAGACUUUACAGAGGUCAACAGCAUGCCUCAGGUUGUUGUUCCUGCUCAUGGCAGCAUUUUGUUGCCAGACGCAGUUCCCAGGGUACAAUCGAAACUGCCCCACAGGCCAAUGAAAGCAAUUUGUCAUGAAUCAGUCACAGCCACAAGGCUGUGCCCCCUGGACAAAGAGUUAGCAGGAACACAAUCAGGAAGUCAGACAGACUUGCAAUCAUUCUGAAUGUGCGACAUCAGGGAUCACCAGAAUAUCUCAAGUUCCUGUUCCUGAUCACAGUCACUUGUUGUUACCAGACAGAGUUCAUAGGACAUAAUCAUAAUCACAAGUGGGUAACUGGAACAGCAAGUCAGACAGACUUGCAAACAUUCUGAAAUUCUGACAUCAGGGAUCACCAAGUUCAAGUUCUCAAGUUCCUGUUCCUGCUCCCAUUCUCUUUUUGCUGCUGGGUCCAGCUCAAAGGGCGCAAUCACAACUGCCCCAUAGGCCAAUUUAAAAAAAAAAAAAAAAAAAAGGUAAUUUACAGGGCUGUGGCCUUGGCCAGCGAGCUGACAGGAACAGGAACUGGAAAUAGCACUGCAUCGUAGAUCAACAGGGUGACCGAGAGUUUAAAGGGCGCAAUCAUGACUACCCCACGCGAUGAUAAGAAAUGAAGGCCGUUUGAAUGACAAACUAUUAGCUGACAAGAAAAGGAAGAGCAAGUCGGGAACAGGAACACGAUCAGGAACGAAUUUGCAAUCAUUCGAAAACUUUUAUUUUUUAAUUGAAAAAAUGUAUUUACUGAGCACAUUUGGUACCAUGGAUCCACAGAACAGCUCUAAUUCCUGUUCCAGGUCACAGUCACUUGUUGUUGCUGCCUGGUUGGAGUUCAUGCGGCUCAAUCGUAACUUCCCCACAAGCCAAUCGAAAGAAAAGAAUUCGUCGGUCACGGCCACAGGGCUGUUUGAAUGACGAUUUACUAGGUGCAGAUGCUACUGUGCCCCUGGAACAGACGGUCAGCAGGAACAGGAACAGACUGACACUCCUGAUGUGCGGUUAGGUCCUCUUCUGUAUGCCAGUCCCUCUUCCGGUUGGGCCACGCGAGGCGACACUUGACAGAUUCACAAGAGUCGUGAGUCAACAGUGAAUAACAUGCGGCAGCUUCAAUUUGUUUUCAGGAAAAUAAACAGAAUGUCAGCGAUCA